AUGAGGUCCCUCAUCGCCCUUGGCGCUCUCGUCAGCGGAGCGGCGGCGCAAGCCGGCGCUUACGCUCAGUGCGGCGGCUCUGGCUGGACCGGCGCAACCACCUGCGUCUCCGGGUACACCUGCACCGUCUCCAACCAGUGGUACAGCCAGUGCCUUCCCGGCUCCGGCUCCAGCAACCCGCCGGCCUCGACGACCUUGGCGACCUCCGUCAAGCCCACUUCCACUGCGGCCCCCGGUGCCGGCAGCUGGAGGUGGUUCGGCACCAACGAGGCCGGCGGCGAGUUUGGCGAGAAGACGCUGCCCGGCACAUGGGGCAAGGAGUUCAUCUUCCCUGACCCUGCCACCAUUACCACCCUCCGCGGGCAGGGCUACAACACCUUCCGCGUGCAGUUCAAGAUGGAACGCCUGACCCCAUCCGGCCUGACCGGCGCCUUCAACACCGCCUACCUCGCGAACUACACCGCCGUGAUCAACCACAUCACUUCCAGCGGUGGCUGGGCCGUGCUGGACCCGCACAACUACGGGCGCUUCAACGACGCCAUCAUCACCGACACGGCGGGCUUCCAGACGUGGUGGAAGAACUUCGCGACGCAGUUCAAGGGCAACGACCACGUGAUCUUCGACACGAACAACGAGUACAACACGAUGGACCAGACGCUGGUGCUCAACCUCAACCAGGCGGCGAUCAACGGCAUCCGCGCCGCGGGGGCGACGCAGUACAUCUUUGUCGAGGGAAACCAGUGGUCCGGGGCGUGGUCGUGGACGACUGUCAACGAUAACAUGAAGGCCCUGACGGAUCCGCAGAAUAAGAUCGUGUACGAGAUGCAUCAGUAUCUUGAUUCGGAUAGCUCUGGGACGUCGGAUGCUUGUGUGUCGACCACGAUUGGUGUUGAGAGAGUCACUGCGGCGACGACCUGGCUGAGGCAGAACGGAAAGAUUGGUAUCCUGGGAGAGUUUGCUGGUGGCGCGAACACGCAGUGCCAGACUGCUGUGAAGGGCAUGCUGGAUUACCUCAAGGCUAACAGCGACGUGUGGACUGGUGCCCUCUGGUGGAGUGCUGGCCCUUGGUGGGGCGACUACAUCUAUUCUUUCGAGCCUCCCAGCGGCACGGGAUACAAGUACUACAACAGCUUGCUCAAGACGUACGCUCCUUGA